CCUAGCGCCUGGGAGCCCCCUCGGGCUGCCAAAGGACGGACGCACCGAGCCCCGGAGGGAAAGCUUGGGGGCCACUGGGCUCUUGGCCGCGGAACUCUCCAACCCCGCUUUACUUUAAUCCGUUGGGAGUGAGCGCUCCGGCAUCAGCCUGGUCUCUCCCACCGGCCCGGGCUUGGCGCCCCGUAUGGAUGGAGAGCCAGCCCCGACGCUUUGCCCUGGAGCUGGAGCCGGGGCCGCCGCAGCAGCCGCCGCAGCCCCUUCCGAGGCUGGAGUCGUCGCUGUGAACAAGGGACCCUAAAGAAUGGCCGAGCCUUUGGGGAACGAGCUGGCGUCCGCAGCUGCCAGGGGCGACCUAGAGCAACUCACUCAUUUGUUGCAAAAUAAUGUGAGCGCCAAUGCAGAAAAUGGAUUUGGAAGGACGGCGCUGCAGGUGAUGAAACUCGGAAACCCGGAGAUCGCGCGGAGGCUUCUAUUGUGCGGUGCCAAUCCAGACCUGAAGGACCCCACGGGGUUCGCGGUCCUGCACGACGCUGCCCGGGCCGGCUUUCUGGACACCUUACAGACUCUGCUGGAGUUCCAGGCCGACGUGAACGUGGAGGACAGCGAGGGCAACCUGCCGCUGCACCUGGCAGCCCGCGAGGGCCACGUGCCCGUCGUGGAGUUCCUGCUCCGACACACCGCCUGCAGAGUGGACCACCGGAACCGCCAGGGCGACACCGCUUGCGACGUGGCCCGCCUCUACCGCCGGGACGCCGUGGUACGACUUCUGGAGGCUGGCCGGCCCGACGACGCGGCCCCAGUCCCAGGCGAGCCGGCACCCGCCGCUUCGGCCCCAGCCGCCACUGCCGAACCGCCCUAAGGAGUCCCAAGGCCAGACCGGCUGCUGUCCCGGGGCCGCACCAUCCCUCCGUGUUCGGCAGCCCAGUCUGACUGCGUGCGUGCCGGGGAUUACUGCGCUCUCCCUCUGCCUUCCAAGCAAAUAGUCAAAGCCUCAAACUACGGAGGUGGGAUUCUUCUGAAAGAUUUAUGAAUAUAUUUAAAAAGGCUUCCAAUCCGCCAGCAAAAACCUCCCUCCUCCCCUCAGAGACCUAAUAUCUGCUUGCAAAACUGCUUUGGUCUUCUUGGGAAUGUAGAGUUUCCUCCUUCCUCAGUUUCCAGCCUUAACCCACCUCAGCCCUCACCUCCCUAACCCUCUAGUCCCCUUGCCUGUUCCCCUACUUUGCAACUUCGUUUUCAGAGUCUAUCUAUAUCCUGAUGCUUCUUUUGCCUAAUUAAAACUCUUUUUAAACGGGACAAAUGUUUUCGGUGAUUUCUUCCUCCACUCCCACUUUUCUCUCCUCUCUGCUGAUUGUACCCAGGAAGGCUGUUUUCAGAGUGUGUGGAUUUGUUCGGCUGAUUCGAUUACAGGCCCUAGAACUGGCAAGGACUUUAUAAUUCAUCUCUGUGCAACCCUCUCAUUUUACAGAUGAGAAGAGUCCGGUGGU